AUGCUGCAAUGUUCUAGUAUAUCGUUUAUAUCUUCAUGUUUUAGUACUAUAUCAUGUAUCAGUUGGAUAUGUGCUCAAUUACCACAAAUUAUACAAAAUUAUAAAAAUAAAUCAGCUCGAGGUAUAUCAUUAAGUUUUUUGUUAUUAUGGUUUCUUGGUGAUUUCUUAAGUUUUACGAGUUGUUUAAUUAAUGAUAAAGUAUUACAAUUUCAAAUUUAUUUAAGUAUAUUCUUUUUAUUUAAUGAUGUAACGUUAUGUUUUCAAUAUUGGUAUUAUAAUAAAAAAUCUUUUGAUAAACCAAUUUACGUUAGGGUAGGAGAAAACCCAACACCUUUAAAUGAUGAUAAUAUAAAGAAAGACAAUUAUCCGAUAAUACAAAAACAAACUCCAACUAAUAUGGAAUCAGAACCCAGUAGUUAUGAUUCAACUAAUGAAUCAAAUAUAAUGAAAAAAGUAAUUAUUGCAUCUUCAUUAGUGUCCAAAACAAAUGCAUUUCAAGUUUCUCAAACUUCUAAUAAAGACAUUUUAGGAAUUAUAUUAGCUUGGAGUAUGACUAUAGUUUAUUGUUCAUCAAGGUGUCCUCAAUUAUAUAAAAAUUAUAAAAGAAAAGCGGUAGAUGGUAUAUCACCUUAUUUAUUUGCUGCUGCAUUGAUAGGUAAUCUAACUUAUACAAUUAGUAUAUUAACAAGUUGUGAAUUUAUACUAAGUAAUCAUGAAGAUAGAAUUAAUUUUAUAUACCAUGAAUUACCAUAUAUCAUUGGUUCAAGUGGUACUGUAUUUUUUGAUAUAGGUUAUUUUUAUCAAAGAUGUUUAUAUAGAACUAAUCUUGAUUCUUCCACUUUGGUACUACAAAAUUGGAAUGAAAUUAAUGAUUCUAAUACACAUUGA